UUUUCCCCGCCCCCGCGCCUCUCUCGGCCGGGCUGACGCAGCAGGCCGCAAACCUCCGAGCGCAGGCCACCGCGCUUGUCCGCAGCGGCGCCACCCGCAGCCGAUGGGGUGCGCUCUUCCAAGCGGCCCAGCUCCCGGCCAGCCUGCGCCUGCGCAGAUCUUUAAUGGUUCUGUUGGGGAGACCCUUGGGCACUCCGGACUAAGAUGGCGGCGGCUGGCAGGCGGGGCUGGGGAGCUGCGGCUGUUGCCGCGGGGCUGCACAGGCGGUUCUGUCAUAUGGUGAAGAAUCCAUACACCAUUAAGAAACAGCCUCUGCAUCAAUUUGUACAAAGACCACUUUUCCCACUACCUGCAGCCUUUUGUAACCCAGUAAGAUACAUGUUUAUUCAAACACAAGAUACCCCAAAUCCCAACAGCUUAAAGUUUAUACCAGGAAAACCAGUUCUUGAGACAAGGACCAUGGAUUUUCCCACCCCAGCUGCAGCAUUUCGCUCCCCUCUGGCUAGUUCACAUUUUGUAAUAACAUGGCACAGUUUACAUUACACAAGAAGGCUCUGCUGGCAGUUAUUUAGGAUUGAAGGAGUAAAAAGUGUCUUCUUUGGACCAGAUUUCAUCACUGUCACAAAGGAAAAUGAAGAAUUAGACUGGAAUUUACUCAAACCAGAUAUUUAUGCAACAAUUAUGGACUUCUUUGCAUCUGGCUUACCGCUAGUUACUGAGGAAACACCUUCAGGAGAAGCAGGAUCUGAAGAAGAUGAUGAAGUCGUGGCAAUGAUUAAGGAAUUGUUAGAUACUAGAAUACGGCCAACUGUGCAGGAAGAUGGAGGAGAUGUAAUCUACAAAGGCUUUGAAGAUGGCAUCGUACAGCUGAAACUCCAGGGUUCUUGUACCAGCUGCCCUAGUUCAAUCAUUACUCUGAAAAAUGGAAUUCAGAACAUGCUGCAGUUUUAUAUUCCAGAGGUAGAAGGCGUAGAACAGGUUAUGGAUGAUGAAUCAGAUGAAAAAGAAGUAAACUCACCUUAAAAUAAUCUGGAUUUUCUUUGGGCACAACAGUCAGACUUAUUGAUAAUAUAUACAAGUUUUUAUUAUUAAUAGGCAGAGAAACUUAAAGAUUAAUAAAAUAUCUUCAGAGAAUGAUAUAUAAA